UUUGUUAUCGCUUUGCGCUAGAUAGCGCUACUUGUGUUUGUUAUUAAUAUAAAGUGAUAAAACAAAAAGCAAACAAACUAUGGGCAUCACGGGACUGAUUCCGUUCCUGGAGAAGGCAUCAGCCAAAGUGCAUCUAAAGAGCUUGCGCGGAAGCACGGUCGCUGUCGACACUUACUGCUGGCUACACAAAGGUGUCUUCGGUUGUGCCGAGAAAUUGGCGCGCGGUGAGGAAACGGAUAUUUAUAUACAAUACUGCCUGAAGUAUGUGCAAAUGCUGCUCUCCUAUGACAUCAAACCCAUACUCGUAUUCGAUGGCCAGCAUCUGCCGGCUAAAGCGCUAACCGAGCAGCGACGUCGUGAAUCCCGUCAGCAGAGCAAAAAGAGAGCAGCGGAGCUGUUGCGUCUUGGACGCACUGAGGAGGCGCGUUCCCAGAUGCGUCGCUGUGUGGAUGUUACCCACGAGAUGGCGCUGCGUCUCAUCCAGGAGUGUCGCGAGCGUCACGUCGAUUGCAUUGUGGCACCCUACGAAGCCGAUGCUCAGAUGGCGUGGCUGAAUAAAGCCGGCAUUGCACAGUAUAUUGUGACUGAGGACUCGGAUCUGACAUUAUUCGGUGCACAAAAGAUCAUCUUUAAAUUGGACCUGACUGGCGCAGGUCUGUUAGUCGAGGCGGAUAAAAUACACCUGGCCAUGGGAUGUCGCGAGGAGCGUUAUAAUUUCGACAAGUUCCGACGCAUGUGCAUCAUGUCGGGAUGUGAUUACCUCGACUCCUUGCCGGGCAUUGGACUGGCCAAAGCCUGUAAAUUUAUGCUCAAGACGGAGCAGGACGAUAUGCGCAUAGCAUUGAAAAAGAUACCGCAAUAUCUCAAUAUGCGGCAGCUUGAGGUUGAUGAUGAGUAUAUUGAGAACUUUAUGAAGGCUGAGGCCACUUUUAAACACAUGUACAUCUACAAUCCACUAGAACGGCGCAUGGAGCGUUUAUGUGCAUUGGAGGAUUAUAAGACUGAUGAAAGCUACUGCAGCAAUGCUGGUUCAUUGCUGUCAGAUAGCGAAAUGGCCUUUAAUCUGGCCUUGGGCAACCUAAAUCCCUUCACACUUAAGCGUCUGGACAGCUGGCAUCCAGAUCACAUUGCUGCCACAAGAAAACCAGCGAAACAAGUGAAGCGCAGCACACACAAAAGCAUAUGGCAAAAGAAUUUCAAUGCAAAACAAUCUCCAGCCAAAUUGAAGCAAUCAAAUUGUGCGCUGUAUUUCAAGAAGGUUGAUUUCGUGACUCAAACUAUUGACGCAGAGAUCGAAGCCAAUCAGCGACAGGAGCUAGCCAAACCCACCGAAGCAGAGCUAUCUAGCAUGUAUAGCUUGGGUGUGAAACGCAAGCGUAGUCCCAGCGAAAGCAGUUGCCACUCAACGCCACCUUCAUCGCCGGCUCAAAGUCGCAGCCGGCACAAUCCGUUUGCCAAAGAAGCGCCGCAACGUUCGCCAGUUGUCUGCGAGAAUGGAUCGCUGCUGCGUUUGCUAAGUCCCAGUAAACAAAGUCCACAACGCGCGUCCGACGAACGCAGCAGCAGACCGGAUACAACUCGUGUAAAUGCGCUGAAGCGCAGCAUCUUUGCCAAAGAGCAGGUGGAGGUCAGAAGUCGUUUCUUUAGUACGCAAACAGACAAAGCUAUAGAAUGCAAGGCUAUGGAUGAAGUGAUGAAGCAGAGUCCUAAGCAAACUGUCAUCCAAGCGGACAAAAUAAUGGAAUGCAAAGUGGAUGAAGUGGAACAGAGUCCCAAUCUAACUAGCACUCAAGUGACUAAAAGAAUGGAAUGCAAAGUGGAGAAAACUUUGGAAGAAGUGCAGCAGAGUCCAAAGGAAUCAAAACUAGCUGACAAAGCUGUUGUCGUGCUGUCAUCCUGCGAUUCAGACGACUCCAGCUCGUUGUCAGCUACAUUGCCCAGCAGCCAGGAAGCUGCUAUGCCCACCAAGACUAAAUCACCGCCAAAACUGCCGCCAAGUGCACGGCGCAUUGGCUUAUCGAGGACCAAGACUAGCAAGCGAAGCAUUCCCAAUCCAAAGACUGCCAAAAGUGAUGACAAUCAAACGAAGCUCAGCAUGUUUGGCUUUCAAAAGCGACCUGUCCUUGCUAUGGAUCAACUGUAUGUGGAGAUUGAAAUAAGCACGCAAAAUGCAAAAAGCGAGACAACAAUUUACACCAGCGUGCCUUCGUUUCUUGCGCUCUACACAUAUCGCUACCUAAAAGAGCCGCCCAACGUCAAAAUCAAUUUUGUGGCCACCAAAAUCACUACAGGCAAAAUAGCUUUACGCAGCUCCCAGCUGCGACGUGAACUGACCGAGGAACAUAUCACUUGCCGAGAGGCUGCAACAUUGCCCGCAUUAAAGGAUCUCCGGCUGCCCAUCUAUGAGAAGAAUGGAAAUAUCUUCAUAGCAGGCACUUGUGCCGUGUGCAGGGAGCUGAUUGCACGACAACCCAGCGUACAAUUGCGUCAGCUAUUGGGCUUCAAAGGUAGCUGUCUCUUGGCGCCUUCUGAAGCUUCCAUCUGGACACGUUAUUGUGAAGUGGAUGUGGUUAAUCUGGUCAGUCAGCUGCAGCAGGGUGAACUGCCGUUGCGCGAAGUCCCACUCGAAGUGGUGCGUUUUGAGCAGCACAUGAAUCAACCGGUGCGCAUGCACAACAUUUACAAACUAGCCAGGGAACAGGCAAAUCAGAGUGCUAACAAUGGUUUGCCGGUGAAGCGCAAGGAACGCAUACAAAUCGAAUGCACCACGCCGAAAGAGCAACUGCUAAUUGAGCAUCGAUUUGCCGAGGGCAUUAGCUUCACCAUUGCCGAUCUCAUUCUAUAUCCACUGCUGCGUCUAGUCUUCCAGCACUGCGCUCAAAUGCUGCCGCAUUUUCCACUCACCAGCACUUGGUUUAGUGAGAUCGAUGCAUUCGACAGGAACUGUGCACGAAUACUGCAUGAGCUGUAUGUGCCCAUCUUGGUGGCGCCUGCGGAGAAUACGCAGCUGCUUAGCAUACCCGACUGUGAGGAAGCCAGUCUCUAUAAAGCCGAUCCGAAGCGUUAUCGCCCAAGGAAUCGUAUUUACACUAGUCAAGCGGAAGUCGAAGCCGCCCUGGACAAACUGCAGCAAUUGGAGCUGCAAUUUAGCGCCGAUUGCGAACAAAGUUAUGGCGAGCAAACCAUCGACUGGCGUAGCAUUGAGCCGACGCAUGCCAAGAGCUCAGCGCUGCCGGAGGAGCGGCUAGAACGCAAGCGACAGCAACUAGAGAAUAUGGCUAAUGCUGUAGUAUCGCUUGCACAGCCAGGAGAUCGCAUUGUGGACUUUUGCAGUGGCACUGGACACUUGGCCAUUUUGUUGGCGUUAAAGCUGCCCAAGUGUCUGGUUAUUGUACUGGAGAAUAAGGCAUUUUCCUUGGCGCAUGCACAGAAACGAGCCGCCGAGCUGCAGCUGAGUAAUUGCGUGUUUUAUCAGUGCAACAUUGACUACUUUAUGGGCAGCUUUGACAUUGGUGCUUCGUUGCACGCAUGUGGAACUGCCACUGACAUUGUACUGCAGCAGUGUCGUCGUGUAAAUGCACGUUUUGUCUGCUGUCCCUGCUGCUAUGGGUCGUUGCAACCCAUGCCACACAUCUCGUAUCCGUUGAGUGAACGCUUUCGCAAAGUGCUCGAUACAAAGGAUUAUUUGUAUAUUGCUCACACAGCGGAUCAGGCGCAUGAGCUGGGCACCACGAAUUGCAAGCCGGAGACAACUUUGCAAGGUCUGCAUUGCAUGUGUGUGGUGGACACGGAUCGAAAGCUGCAAGCGGAGGAGGCAGGUUACAAGGUGAUCUUGACCCGCCUUAAGCCGGAGCAAUGUACUCCAAAGAAUCAUUUGCUUGUAGGACGCAUUUAAUGGAGAGAGAAACAUCAUCAAAAUAUAUGUAUUUUUUCGUA